UUGCGUUACUUUUUCUCGUGCUCUGUGUAAAAUAUUUACGUAAAAUAGUGUUAAUUUCGUGGUGCAGUGUUUCUGACUAACGUAAACAUGUCGGAAACACUGCCAAAUAACAAAAAACAAGUUGCAAGGCAGCUGAGAGAACGCAAACAACGGAAACUCUACUCUGAUGAAUGGGCUCUUGGGGAUGAUGAAGCCGAAGGUGGUCGUGGGUUCUCCCUCGCAGAUAAAUUGGAGAGUCCUAGGUUUGAGCAUGCUGGCUCUGUGAUUGAAAUGCAUGGCUCUGAAAUUACAGUGUCAUAUAUGCAAAAGAAUGGAUUCACUACUCCCCUAUUGUUUAAAGAAAAAACAGGAUUGGGACUGAGAGUCCCGACGAGCAACUUCACCGUGAACGAUGUGCGCAUGUGCGUCGGCUCGCGGCGCCUGCUCGACGUCAUGGAUGUUAAUACACAGAAGAAUAUAGAGAUGACCAUGAAGGAUUGGCAGCGUUAUUACGAUGACGCAAACAAAGAAAGGCUUCUGAAUGUAAUAUCGUUGGAGUUUUCGCAUACAAGACUCGAGAACUAUGUGCAGGCGCCUCGUAUAGUCCGACAGGUUGACUGGGUUGACACUGUGUGGCCACGGCAUCUGAAGGACCAACAGACUGAAUCUACCAAUGCUCUGGACGAUAUGAUGUACCCUAAAGUACAAAAGUAUUGUCUGAUGUCUGUCAAAGGAUGCUACACUGAUUUCCACAUUGACUUCGGUGGUACAUCUGUGUGGUACCAUAUAUUGAAAGGAGCAAAGGUGUUCUGGCUGAUUCCACCAACUGAAAAGAAUUUACAGCUGUAUGAAAAGUGGGUGUUGUCUGGUAAACAGUCGGAUGUGUUCUUUGGGGACACGGUAGAAAAGUGUAUUAGAGUCCAUUUGCAAGCUGGCUAUACAUUCUUCAUCCCGACCGGUUGGAUUCAUGCUGUUUACACGCCCAACGACUCGCUAGUUUUUGGUGGCAACUUCCUUCACCAGUUUGGCAUCGAGAAACAGUUGAAGAUAGCACAAGUCGAGGAUGUAACAAAGGUGCCGCAGAAGUUCCGGUACCCGUUCUUCACUGAGAUGCUGUGGUACGUGCUGGACCGGUACGUGAGCGCGCUGCUGGGCCGCUCGCACCUGUCGCCGGAGGGCCCGCCCGCGACCCUCGCGGCGCCCGCGGACCAUCUGCACCUCACGCAGAACGAGCUGCACGGACUUAAGGCCAUAGUGAUGUAUUUACAUCAACUGCCGGCAGCGCGUAAGUCCGUACCUGAGCUGUUGUCAGAUCCGAUUGCACUCGUACGUGAUGUGCGUACGCUGGUCGAACAGCACCGUCAUGAUAAGCAGCAUCUUGCUGUUACCGGCGUGCCUGUUCUCAAGGGGCCGGAGGAGGGCGCGGCGGGGGGCGGCGAGCGGCGGCAGUCGGGCGCGCGCGGGCCCCGCGGCGGCGGCCGCGCCGGGCCCGCCAGGCCCCGCCCGGACCACGCCAACGCCGCGCCGCGCCGCCGACGCACCAGAUGCAAGAAAUGCGAGGCGUGCCAGCGGACGGACUGUGGCGAAUGCGUGUUCUGUCACGAUAUGGUCAAGUUUGGUGGACUCGGCCGUGCCAAGCAGACCUGUGUCAUGCGACAGUGCUUACAGCCCAUGUUGCCUGUGACGGCGUCGUGUGCGGUGUGCCAUCUAGAUGGCUGGAUGCAAACGCCAGUCGCGCCGCAGGCAAAGGGUAACUCUGGACGUAAUGGGCCGUCAUCUCUACGCGAGUGCUCCGUGUGCUACAGCAUCGUGCACCCUGGCUGCGUCCCGCCCGGCGGCCAGCUCAACGAAGAUCUGCCCAACUCCUGGGAGUGCCCCACCUGCACCACCAUGGGGCUCAACCACGACUACAAGCCACGACAUUUCCGUGCGCGCCAAAAGUCUUCUGAUCUCAGACGUGUGAGUGUGGGCUCGGAUGUGAGCCAGCUCAGUCAACAUCAUAGCAGCUUACAGAACAAAUUACCGGCACCGGCGGCGGCUUUGGGCGUCAAGUCUGAAACGGGGUCAGACAAUGAGGGGAAGAAUGAGGUGCCACAUAUUAAAACUGAAGAGGAUAUAAAACGCGAAGACUCUGUUUCUGGUGGCGAAGGUGUGGAAGGCGGCGAGGGUGGCGCAUGGGAACCAGCCGCCAAGAAGCGCCGGCCUUCCGAUGAAGACGACGCACCUAAGAAGCAGGCUUUGAGGACGCAUCACGCCCUGCAGCUUACACAUCACACCUCAAAGGUGUUAAAGAAACCGUUGUAUCCCGUACGGCCGGCGCCCCCUAUGAGCGCAUUGGUAAACAACAGUGGGUCCCCGUGGCUGGACCGUGAAGCCAUGCUGCGCGUGUUCGCCAAGCUACUGCCCGCGGAGCUAGCCACCUGCGCCCUUGUAUGCAAAGCCUGGGCUGAGUACUCUAUGGAUCCGUCGCUGUGGCGUAGUAUGUCGUUCGUGCAAGUGCGAGUGUCGGCCGCGCAGCUCGCUGGAAUCGCGCGACGACAACCGCUCUCACUCGGCCUCGAGUGGUGCCAUCUUGCGCGCAGGCAGCUUGCGUGGUUACUAACCCGUCUGCCGGCGCUGCGGUCUCUUUCAUUAGCGGGUUCACCAGCGGAGGCGGCACUAGCAUUGCGGUCCUCUAGUUGCCCACCACUCACGUCACUGGAUCUAUCGUUCGCGCGGUGCUUGGACGAUGCCAAGCUACGUGGUAUCCUCGCACCGCCGGAGAACUCCCGGCCGGGUGGUGGUGCACGAACUGGUGCUGAACCUUCACGGCUAGCAGCCCUGACGGUGCUGCGGCUACCCGGCACGGAUAUCACUGACGUCGCCAUGAGAUAUGUUGUGCAGGCUCUACCGAAGCUGUGCGAACUAGACGCAUCUUCGUGUGCGCGGUUGACUGAUGCUGGCGCGGCACAGUUGGCACACCACGCUCUGCAGCGUUUGUCUCUGGCCGGCUGCCGGCUGCUCACGGAGGCUGCGCUUGAUCAUCUCGCGCGAUGCCCCAAUCUCGUCAGACUUGAUCUCCGACAUGUGCCUCUCGUCUCCACGCAAGCUGUGAUCAAAUUUGCCGCCAAGUCGAAGCACAAUCUCCAUGUAAAGGACGUGAAGUUGGUGGAGUUGAGGAAGACCUGAUCAGAAGACCAAUCUAUGUUGGCAGAUACCGCCUGAACCUGUAGUGUAGUCCUCGUGCCGCUGGUUUUGGAAUGACAGCCUCAUUUUUUAUGCUCUGCUGUGAGUUACUCAUAAACAUAUAUUAACAUCCCAAAUCAGAGGCCUAUUUAUGAAACAAUAUUCUCGACAAUUUUCAAUUGUAAAUGAUGAAAAUGGGUAGAUUUGCCAUUUCCUAUGUACCAUUUAUAAGUUGCAGAUGCAAGCUAAGUAGUUCGCAUAGUUCUCAAUUGAAACUAUUCAAUGGUAUAAAUAACUAUAACAUAAUAUACAUAACUACAAAGUUAUAUAUAUUUAUCUGUUACAAUCGAGAAUUGGUGAAGUCCUUACAUAAUUAAGCCCCUGAAUACAUUUGUUACCGUAAGAAGUGUAUAUUAGUCUACUGUUACCACGCUAUCUAUCGCUGUCUAGGAGACUUGAUAUAGCGCGUUACAUCGAACUUUUCGCCACUUGUACUGUUAAUGCCAUCAAAAUAUGAUUAGGAAUAUCACUGAUCUCGACCGGUUCAAUGACAGUUGAAAGUGAGAUUUGUAUAGUUUGCAAAGAC